ACUAGACAAGGGCUAAGCAUGGCGGAGAUGAUAAUGAACGAAAGCAGGAGGAGGCUGAUGGAGGAAGACCCCAUAGCUGACGAGGAGCGGAGACAAAGGAGGAGGAGGUAUGGUGGGUGGACAGAGGAAGCUCUGGAUGAGGAUGACAGAGAAAGGGCGGAAUAUAGACUACGGAUGCUCGAGGCGUACCGUCAGUUAGAUGAAGUAAACGCACGCGAACGCGAGGAAGAAGAGGAAAGAAAGAGGUGGGACCCGGCUUCUAGAAAGGCCAUGCUGGCUAUGCCCCUUCCGGUGGUCGGCGAGACGAGGGAGCAGGACUGCGCGAUAUGCCUCGAGGAGUUCGUGGACGGCGGGAAGAAGCUCAGGAUGAUGCCCUGCUCCCACUCUUUCCAUCAGCGCUGCAUCUUCGAAUGGCUACAGCGUGGCCGUCGCUGCCCGAUCUGCCGCUAUGAGCUACCCUCUGUAAGGGCGGAUUAUCUCCUUUAUCAGCAACAACAAGCGGCGGCCUCGGUGUCUUGA